AUGUCUGACCGGGAGUUCAACUCAAACGAUGACCUGUCGCUGCCCAAAGCGACGGUCCAAAAGAUUAUCACUGAGAUCUUGCCUCCUAGCUCUGGUCAAACCUUCUCUAAGGAUGCGCGCGACUUACUGAUGGAAUGCUGUGUCGAAUUUAUCACCUUGAUCUCCUCCGAAGCCAAUGAUAUCAGUGAGAAGGAAGCCAAGAAGACUAUUGCUUGUGAGCAUGUGGAAAAGGCAUUGCGGGAUCUUGGGUUCAGUGAUUAUAUUGCCGAUGUACUCGCUGUUGCCGAAGAACACAAGCAGCAGUUGAAGUCACGAGAGAAGAAGCAGAGCAAGAUGGAGCAGAGCGGCCUGACAGAAGAGGAGCUUCUACGCCAACAACAGGAGCUGUUCCGAUCAGCGACUGACAAAUAUCAUGCCGUUCCAGAAUAG